GAGAUCUUCUCAUUAAUAACAGGAUGUCUCUGUAGUUAUGGCUCUUUUAUUCCACAUUGACUUCUGCAGAUUUCGUCUCUGCUGAUGUGGCCAAGGGAGAUUUGAGACGCCAUUUGUGCCGCAAAAGGUUCAUUUUCUUCUUCGGUAAAGGAGAAAAAUGGUGAAGGAUACAGGGUUGGAUUGGAAACCAUGGUCUGUUUUCAAACAAUCCCAUUUUCUAGUGAGAUUUUCUUUUACCGUUCUUGUAAUAUGUCUCGGUUUUCACAUCAUCUACUCUCAUAUUACUGAUGAUAAUAUUUAUUCAAUUGGGUAUCUGUCAACUGUUAUCACCAAAACUCCUUCUGUAGAGAAAGUGGUAGAUGCUGCUGUUGCACCGCCACCUUCUCCUUCAGUGCAGAAAAUAGCAGAAGACGCCGUAUCACCACCACCUGCUCCUUCAGAGGAUUCUGCAAAGUUGCAGCAAAACAAGACUCAGAUUCAGAUUCCUCGAAAUGAAACAUGUGAUUUUUCAAUUGGGGAAUGGAUUCCGGAUCCAUCAGGACCUAUGUACAGUAAUGCAAGUUGUAGUUUUAUUACUGAAGACCAGAAUUGCAUUAAGAAUGGGCGACCCGAUUUGGGAUUCCUAUACUGGAGGUGGAAACCACGAGAUUGUGAAUUGCCAAGGUUUAAUGCAGUGAAAUUUCUUGAUUCGAUGAGAAACAAACACUGGGCAUUUGUUGGUGAUUCUAUUUCUCGAAACCAUGUUCAGUCAUUGCUCUGCAUUCUGUCCAAGGUGGAAGCAGCGAAUGAAGUCUUCCAUGAAGAGGGGUUCAAAAAUAGACGCUGGCACUUUCCCUCAUAUAACUUCUCCCUCACGGUGAUCUGGUCUCCAUUUUUAGUUAAGGCCAACUCUACAGAUUUGAAUGAUAUUCGGUUAGACCUCGAUAAACUAGAUAAGAAAUGGGCAGAUCAAUAUACAAGUUUUGAUUAUAUGGUAAUGUCUGGAGGAAAAUGGUUUCUGAGAGCUGCAACUUACUAUGAAAAUAACACAAUUGUGGGUUGCCAUUACUGUCCAGGAAAAAACUUGACAGAAUACGGGUUGGACAAUGGUUACCGUAAAGCCCUUAAGCUAGUAACGGACUUUGUACUGAAUUCUAAUCACAGCGGCGUAGUUUUGUACAGAACCACAACAGCAGAUCAUUUCGAGAAUGGGUAUUGGAACACAGGAGGAACAUGUGAUAGAACUGCGCCGUAUAAAGAAGGCCAGAUUAGUUUGAACGAUCUGGAAGUUAUUUUCAAUAAUGUUGAACUGGAAGUAUUCAAGGAUUUGGAAACCAGUGGAUACUCCGGGAAAAGAAAAAAUCUGAAACUUUUCAACGUCACUGAACUUUCGUUACUCAGGCCUGACGGACAUCCUGGUGCAUACCGGAGUUUCUAUCCGGAUAAAAAUACCACAGAGCCGAAUGACUGUCUGCACUGGUGUUUACCAGGACCUAUCGAUAACUGGAACGACUUGGUCAUGGAGAUGGUGUUGAACGAUUAAUUUUUUUCAUUUUUGUAAAUGACUGUUACAUGUUCAAUUUUCUCUGCCAAUUAUACCAUUUAGCAUUAAUCAGAAGGGGUGUCACUGUCAACUGUGUGGUUCUGGCUGUGGUAAUGAAUACCCAGAAGUCCAAAACCAGAACCUAUUUUUCUGAAAUCGGCUUCGCUUCUGGUACCAAGUUAUGCUCCCACUGCACUCUUCUUAGCAGUGCAAUUUGCUCAUUACUGGCACAAGUGGCAGUGUCUGUUGUUGUUGUUAGCACUAUUGUUUACACCCGAAAGCCGUUUUUCGUUACGCACGAAACGACAUAACAAAUUCUAUAAAGAUUCUGCAGAAUAUAUAUCAUACUUUACAACCAGAUCUGGCCUAAAUUCUGGUAUCUUUGCGAGGCGUUUAUAUACGUGGCCAUGAGUCACAGUCGUACAGCUAGUGGUAUGCAGUGCUGGAUUGUGGCAUAAUGUCAAGUUGUCGAACAAAAAAAAAAACAGCUCGCAUUGUUUGGGAAAAAGCAAAGGAUUGGAAUAACCAAAAGGCAUGCCAGAAACUCCAUUAAUUCCUGCAGCUGUUCUUGAAAAUCUUGCUGAACAGCUUUACGAGAAGCGCAAGAGUGCUUCGAUCGAGGUGGAAAAUACGGUCAAGCAAUACGCCGUUGCAGGAGAACAUGAGAAAAUUGGGGGUUUGAUCAAUGUUUUGAUUUCUGAUUUUACAAAUUAUCCAGAACCCAAUCACAGAAAGGGAGGAUUGAUAGGCCUUGCUGCUGCAACAAUUGGUUUGAGCACACAAGCUACUCCAUAUCUUGAGAAAAUUGUACCACCAGUGUUGAGUUGCAUCACUGAUCAAGACAGCAGAGUUCGCUUUUACGCAUGUGAAGCACUUUAUCACAUUGCAAAGGUUGUAAGAGGCGAUUUAUUUGUAUUCGCUCCUCAAAUCGAUGAAGAGCUCGAUAGACUGUCAAUGGACUCGGACCCUAACGUGCAGAGUACUGCACGUCUCUUGAAUCAACUUGUGAAGGGUAUAAUAGCAGAAUCUGAGAAGUGAAUGUAAAUCUUUGAAAUCCCUCCUUUGUUGUAAAGAAGUAAGGAGGAGGAGAAGAAGAAGAAAAUGAAUGACAUCAAAGACUAUUUGUUGAAGUCAAUCAGUAUAUUUGUUGUUCUUACUUUCUCUAUUUCCAAAAAAUUGUAUUCACUUGGCUAAUGUUGCUUCCAGUAAUGUUCACGUUGCAUUGUGUUGGGGGGAAAAAUUGAAGUGGUAUAGCUAGUAGAUUCAAAA